AUGGCUGGCAAUGAACUUGCCCUUACAUCAAGUGCAGUGAGGAAAGGAGGACUCUCAAGUGGAGAUGUGGCUGCACAGUACAAAUACAAAAAUAUUUUAAUUGAUGUUAAAGUUGAUACCGAAUCAAAUAUCUCAACUACUUUAACUUUUGCUGAGAUUUUUCCAUCAACAAAGACAAUUGCUUCACUGAAAUUUCCUGACUACAACUCGGGCAAGCUGGAAGUUCAGUACUCCCAUCCUCAUGCAACCCUGACUAGUGCCAUUGCUCUGAACCAAACCCCUGCUGUUGAUGUUUCAGCCACCUUUGGUACUCCAACCUUUGCUUUUGGUGGAGAAGCAGGUUAUGAGGCCACCUCUGGUAAAUUUACGAAGUACACUGCUGGCAUUAGUGUGAUGAAACCAGAUUCCUGUGCUUCGAUAAUUUUGGGCGACAAAGGGGACACAAUAAGGGCAGCAUAUAUACACCAUCUCGAUCAAGUAAAGAAGAGUGCUGCCGUGGGAGAGAUCACUAGAAGGUUCUCUACAAAUGAGAACACAUUCACAGUUGGAGGGUCAUAUGCUGUUGAUAACCUGACACUGGUGAAAGCAAAGCUCAACAAUCACGGAAUGCUGGGUGCCCUCUUGCAGCAUGAGCUCAUUCCAAAAUCAGUUAUGACGAUCUCAAGAGCUUGCAAAUCUGUUGGCUGUUGUGAUGCAUUCCUCAACAAGCAUUGAAGAAUUGGAGUGGUGGAUAUCUGCUGUAGAAGUGUUACUAGCAUGUUUUGGGGAGUGACCCUCAAGCCUCAAUCCCCGAAAAAUAACACGCUGAUGAAAUGGACGGUUAUUGGGGAGACGGAGUGAUCUUCAAGCCUCAAUCCUCAACAACUAACACGUCAGAAGCGACAGAAUUACAACUGUUUUUAAGCCAUACGCUCCUGAAAUCCUAAGGUCUACUCAUGACAAAAGAAUUUAUUUUGAAACAGAAUGCAAAACAUGAGGC